AUGCCGGAUAUCACGCAGAAACUAACGGAGCGCAAAGACGACCUGAAGCAAAAGAUUGUUGCUUGGGGGAAGCGGAUUCGCCGAUUUACCGAGAGGUCAAGGCGGUUCAACCAGAAUUGUCUCUUCCAGAGUGAUCAGAAGAGGCUCUACAAAUCAUUGGAGCGACCACAGGUAUGUGGAGCGGGCCCAGGACCGGACCAGGCUAACACUGUCGCAUUUUGGCGUGACCUGUGGUCAGAGCCCGUAAACCACAGCGAGGGCCCUUGGACGGAAGUUGUGGCGAGUCAGUGUGCGAGUAUUACGCCCAUGGACCCCGUCAUCAUAACGCCGGAUGACGUAGCUGAGGCGGUCCGUAGAGCCCCGAACUGGAAAAGUCCGGGACUCGACGGACUGCAUCACUACUGGCUGAAGGGGUUCAUGGUGUGUCACGCUGUGCUCGCCCGUCAGUUUCAAGAGGCUCUCAACCAGAAGUCGCUUCCUAGCCUCUUCACUACUGGGAUCACUCAUUUGGUUCCUAAAGACCAGAUAACCAAGUGA